AGAUAAGUAUGGCCUCUAAACUUUUGUCAAAGGAUCAACAAAAUUUUGUAAAACUUGGAAUAGUCUGUAUGGACGAGAUAAAACUGGUGUUGAAGGAUGUUUUUGAAAGUCAAAUCAAACCAGUUGAUCUCUACAACGCCAUCAAUUCAUGUUCAGAACUGACAACUGGGAGACACAGACUGAGGUUGGAUCAGCUAAGACUUUGUAGGCUUUCCCCGCCACAGCUUCCUGUCUAUGAUCAAUUUGAUGUUUCGUUACUUUAUACACUGAUACGAAAUCUCUGUCCAAACUUAAAACCCACAAAAGGAUGGGGGAAGACACCGGAUAGUGGUGCUACAAAAAUUGGAGAUGACAUUGAGUGUUUUAGAAUAUUCAGAAACGAUACGUUUGCGCAUAUAGAAUCAUCAGAGGUUCCUGAUGGCAUGUUCGUGUCACGCUGGAAUGAUCUUAAAGGAAAUAUUCAGAGAGCUCAGAAGUUUGUGACCUCACUUGGAUAUAAAGUUAACUAUGAGGAGAAACUUGCAAAAAUUGAAAAAUCUGAUUUUGGUUGUAAAGAUAUGGAAAAAUACAAAGUAUUUUUAGAAGGAAUGAUGAUUAUGUGGAAGCACUCACAAAAUAUUGUGAUAAAAAUAAAUGGAAAUAGCAAAAUUCUAUGUGGGGAAAAGGCGUGCUUUGAAGUUGAGACGGAAAAUUGGCUUCACACCGAUAACUGGCCAGUUAAAUGGGUGAAAGAGAGAGGGGACACAACAAAGGCCAUUGACAUAAGUAAAGAGAAGUACAAUGGGAGUACCAGUAGAAUACUUGUAAUACAAAGGGUUAAAAAAGAAGACCAGGGUGAAUAUCAGGCUGUGAUAUCACGAGAAAUAGACAGAAGACAUUUUAAAGUCCUUAUUAACUCAAUCUUCCUAGAAGCUAUAGGAGAUCUACCAAAUCUACAGAUAAUCCAGGCAACUUCAGGAAUAGACAGCGUUACCAUCUUUUAUAACUGUGAUGCUGAAAAGGUAGUUCCUAGUUUACAGAAAGUUGAAUGGAGCAAAGAUGGAAAACGUUUUACGACGAAUACAAAUAAGUAUGAAGGGGGUGGUGUUACAGACAGAUAUCUGAAAAUUCUUUCUCCAUCAGAGAACGACAGCGGUGAAUACACAUGUGAAGUUUUCAAUGCUGUAGGAUCAGUUUCAAAGGUCAUAUCUCUAGGUAUUAUACUGACUGCUACAUUUGGUGAUCAAAUCACAGUUGAUUCUAUCAUUGAGUCUUGUCCUUCUCCGGAAAAAGCAAUUUGGCAAAAAAGCAAAGAUCUAGCUCCUGAUAAUUUUAUGACCAUUGAUAUCGAUGACGCCCGAUAUUUUGGAAGCAGUUUGGAUCCAGAGAAACCUAUUUUAGUAAUAACAAAGGCAUCUGAUGCUGACAAAAUGUAUUAUCAACUAGAAGUUACGAAUGGAAUUGGGAAAUCUAUUAGUAAUGCUGUUCUGCUGAAAUUAGUUGGUGGCACGCCGAAAGUUCUGAUCAGUAGUUAUGAAAAAGAUAUCGAAACUGACAGAAUAAUCUGUGAGGUUACAAUUGAAUCAUUUCCCGGAGCCCUGAAAGCAGAAUGGAGAGUUCAGCAAACCAUAGAGGAUGAUUUUCAACCAACAGAUAUUCACGAUUCCACGUACACAGGAUCUACUGUUUCCUUACCGCACCCAGUUCUGAUUGUUCAUGGAUUUAACAAAAAGCAGGGUCAACGAUUUCAAAUUAGAGUGACCAAUUUCAUCGGGGAAAUUAGCGAAGUCAUAUAUGAUAAGCAAAUGGAUUUUUAUCGAAAAAGAGGCUCAAAAAUACCAUUUGCCAGUCUAAGAGACGAUCUUGAAAACUCAUUUCCACAAAAUGAGCUUGAAAGGUUCAAACAUUUACUGAUUGAUCAAGAUGCGAUAAUUGAAGACUCUGUAUCUGCAUGUAAUUCCUUGAGGGAAGUCUUAGGAAUUCUGAUACAGGAAGGAUUGUUUAGUAUACGCGAUGUCAUUCUGGUACAAUACCUGUUACGAAAGAUCGGGUGCCUCGAACUCUAUGACAAAUGUUACGAUUAUGCUCAAGCUUGCGGGGCGCUGUGUUUCUAUGAAAGACAACCAGAAAAUGGGUUUACAACUGUCAAGUUUCACAUAUCUGGCAAUUUUAAAGAUUAUUCUAAGGAGGAUAUCUAUUUUAUACGAGACACAGUUGCAAAAAUGGUUAAUUGUCCUGAAGCGGAUGUUUUCAUCAGUGGAUUACAACCUGAUAAAAGCUUUGUGGUUUUACUGUCAAUAAAAGAAGAGUAUACCAAUGCGCUACUGUCACAUGCUCAAGAUAUUUUAGAACGUCUUCAUUCUUUGAAUGUGGAUUAUCUUGUCUGUGAUGAGUUUGUUUUUCGAAAAGGACACAUCAGUAAAGAACAAGAUAUGGAGUUAGAUAAAUGGAGGGAUGAGGACAGACUUUAUCAGGAAACUCACGGCUUUCACGAAAUGAUGAAGAAAGUGAGAAAACAAAGAUGUGUAACAUUUGUGGGUUGCCCUGGAUCAGGGAAAACUGCCACGGCUCAUCAUAUUGCCUUCAUGCUCCAAAAGGAGGGUUACGAGGUCGUACCAAUAAAAGACAUCAGAGAAAUCAUAGAGAUGGAAGAAUUGGAAGAAACAUAUAACCAACAGGUCUUUAUUGUUGAUGACGUGGUAGGCGUGUUUGGCCUACAGAGAACAAAAUUAGAUUAUUUGGCAUAUUUGUUGACGGAUUAUAAAUAUGAAAUGGCAAGUCCUUCCAUAUUUAGAUGUAAAACUCUCUUGACAUGUAGAGAGGCUGUGUACAAUGAAUCCUUAUCUUACAACCUGUCAUUUAGGUGGUAUGAAAGUGUGAUUAAGUUGCACAGUUCUGAAUAUGUAUUAGAUGACAAUGAUAAGAAACUGAUUAUGAAGAAAUAUGGCUUAAAAUCUGAAUUACUGUCACCUUCCUUGUUGACAUCGGCUUCUUCUAUGUUUCCUCUUCUCUGCAAAUUGUUUUCAAAGGAAGAAAAAUUCCGAAAUUUCGGUUCAACAUUUUUCACAAAUCCAGUUCGGUGUAUUAUCAUUGAACUUGAUGAAAUGCAAAGAAAAAAUAAACUUUAUUAUGCUACGUUAGCUUUAUGCAUAAUGAAUGAAAAACUUUCUGAAGGUAUUCUAAGAGAUCAAGAAAAUACUAUUUUUCUCGACAUUAAAAACAGUGUGUUAAAAAAUCUUGAAUUGCAGACUUGUAUUAGUACUUCCAAAUUUGUAGACGCCUUGUCAGCAAUGGAGGGAAUAUACACAAAAAAGAGUGGCACAGAGUAUACAUUUAUACAUGACUAUGUGUAUGAGAUUUGUGCAUAUCAUUAUGGUCAACAGUUCCCGGGACAAAUGCUGCAGUAUAUGAGUAGUAGUUAUAUUGCUAACAAAGUAAAACUACAAAAAAGUGAAGCAAACAAAGUGUACAAGAGUGAAGAGAGAGAGGUUGUUACUCAUUCAGAUAAGAAUGAUGAAAGAAGUAACAAGAAUGAUGCCAAAAGUAAUGAAACUGAAGAGUCCUUUGAUCUGUGUAUAAGGUUAAGUGAAGAACAGUACCCACUGUUAGCAGAGAGGUUGUACAGAGACAUAGAGAGAAUGAAAUUGCAUGAUGUCUUUACAAAUGGUGUUUUAAAGCAUCCAAAAGUGAGUCAGGCUUUCAUUGGUGUGUUAGAAGAAAAGUCGUACAAUGAAAUAAAAUCUUUAUUUCUGUAUGAACGAUUACACUCAAGGAAUUUGGAAAGAUAUUUCCAUAAUUUGAUGAGAAUGCAUGAAGUUAACCUGAAAGUGAUAGCAUGGGUGAUCUUACAUGGACAUUAUAAUAUUCUACAAUACAUUGUUGGUGAAAUUGAAAAACAUGGUGAGAACAAAUCUGAGCUAUUCUACAGAGAUUUCGAGCACCUACGCUGUUUAGCUGUUUUUUUAGAAGGAGGGAUUCAUUAUGAAGACAUUCUCUUAAAUGAAGAAAAAUAUAUGCUACUGCUCAGUUGUUACAGUGGUAAUCUUGAAACUGUAAAAAUUGUACUGAAGUGUGUGAGUAAAGAUUCGAUUAAAAACCCAAUUCAACGUGAAUAUUGGGAAACAACAAAGUUGCUGAAUUCACCAAUCAAUUUAAAGACAAGUUGGAAAUGUACGCCGCUUCUAGCUGCAUGUGAGGAAGGGCAUUUAAAUAUUGUACAUGAACUAAUUAAGGCGGAGGCUAGUGUAAAUCUAGCGGAUGGAAAGGGGCGUACAGCACUGAUAACUGCGUGUGAUGGAGGACAUCUGAGUAUUGUGCAAGAACUAUUAAAGGUUGGGGCUGACGUCAAUGUUUCGGAUACAGAAGGGAAUACACCAUUGACAACUGCAUUUAAGAGAGGACAUUUUGACAUUAUGCAAGAAUUAAUAAAGACAGGGGCUGAUGUCAAUCUACCAAGUGAAAAAGGGUGUAUUGCACUGAUAACUGCAUGUAUGGGUGGAGAUUUGAGCAUUGUUCAAGACCUAAUAAAGGCAGGGGCUGACGUCAAUAUACAGGAUAAAGAAAGGAAAGUGGCACUGGUAACUGCAUUAAUGAGUGGGCAUUUGAGCUUUGUACAUGAACUAAUUAAGGCGGGGGCUAGUGUAAAUCUAGCGGAUGGAAAGGGGCGUACAGCACUGAUAACUGCGUGUGAUGGAGGACAUCUGAGUAUUGUGCAAGAACUAUUAAAGGUUGGGGCUGACGUCAAUGUUUCGGAUAUUGAAGGGAAUACACCACUGACAACUGCAAUGGAGAGAGGACAUUUUGACAUUAUGCAAGAAUUAAUAAAAAUAGGUGCUGAUGUCAAUUUACCUCGUGAAAAUGGGCGUAUUGCAGUCAUAAUUGCAAGUGAGGGUGGACAUUUGAGUUUUGUACAAGACCUAAUAAAGGCAGGGGCUGAUGUCAAUAUACGGGAUAAAGAAGGGAAAGUAGCACUGGUAACUGCAUUAAUGAAAGGACAUUUGAGCAUUGUGCAAGAAUUAAUAAAAAUAGGGGCUAAUGUCAAUAUACGGAAUCAAGAACAGAAUACAGCACUGAUAACUGCAUUAAAGAGAGGAUAUUUGAACAUUGUACAAGACCUAAUAAAGGCUGGGGCUGAUGUCAAUCUACAGAAUAAAGAAGGAAAUACACCACUGAUAACUGCAUGUGAGGGUGGAUAUUUAAGCAUGGUACAAGAACUAAUAAAGAAGGGGGCUAAGGUCAAUUUACAAAAUAUCAUGGGGAAUACACCACUUGUAGCAGCUUGUAUUGGUGGGUAUAUGGGUAUUGUUCAAGAACUUUUCAAGGUCAGGGCUGACAUCAAUCAUAUAGGUAUGGUGAGAAAUACACCAUUAGUAGCUGCAUGUAGGUAUGGACAUUUGAGCAUUGUGCAAGAACUAAUUAAAAUGGGGGCUGAUGUGAAUCUACAGGAUAAUGAGGGGUGUACACCACUCAUAGCUGCACGGAAGGGUAAACAUUUGAGCAUAGUUAAAGAACUAACAAAGAUGGGGGCUGAUGUCAAUUGAAAGGAUAA